CUUUCUUUUACUUGUGUUGCUUCUUACCUUCUUUCCCACUUUCCUUCCUUUUACUUUCUUUUCAUCUUGUCUACUUUCCUACUUUCUGUCUCUUGAUAAUGUUCUUCUUGGCCAGGUCUAAAAGAAAAAUCUCCUUAGUUUAACUACUUUUAACAAAGGAAAAGGAAAAUCUAUAAAAGUGUAGGUUCUCGCAAAGAGAAAAUACUUCUGUUUAGCUAAUUAAGUCCUCAAAAUGCAAAGUCGGUGACGAAACGCUGCCAUUUUUGGGACACCAGAAUGAAAAAAUGUCUCAUAAAGCUUCAUUUUCAUAUUCACAUAUGUCCCUUUUUAUAUUUGUUUUACCUUCUUGUUAAACCUUUUUCUUUUGUCUUGCCUAAACAGCGAAUCUCUUUUCUCUCACCUUUUUGUUUCGGGGGGAAAAGGUCAGAGGUCAGCGCCGGAACAUCAACCUACAAACACACUUUCUGUUUUUAAAGUGGAGGCUUACGUGGAGUUUCUGCUGUCUCAAACAAACCCAGGUACAAACCAAAGCUUGUCCUAAUUAUCUGUGGCAGUAGGAUAUAGAGUGAGCUCACGUCAGUAAGCCUCUUACAGUAAUACACCUGCUGCUGAGCCGACACCUCCGCUGAGCCGAGCGGGACGAGCACUCCCCAACACACAGCUCCCGAACAUGACUUUUCGGCCGACCUGUUUCUCCGAGAAGGUGAUUUUGUGAUUUUCAGGAGAGGAUCCUGAGGUGUGUCAGAGAUGCUGAGUGGAGAUAUGGUGGCCAUGUGGGAGGUGGCGCUGAGCGACGGCGUUUUCAGGAUUGAGUUUGCUCAUGGCACCACCACUGGGAAACGCAUCGUUUACGUCAACGGACAGGAAGUCAUCAGAAAAGACUGGCUGUUCAAGCUGGUUGGAAAGGAAACCUUCACAGUCGGAAGCGCCAACACCAAAGCCACCAUAAUCAUCGAGGCCGUCGGCGGGUUCGCCUACGAGUACACGCUGGAGGUCGACGGGAAGAGUCUGCAGAAGUUCAUCGACAACAGGGCCCAGAGCACCAAAACAUGGCUGCUCAAAGUGGACGGGGAGGACUGCAGGGUCGUGCUCGAAAAGGACACCAUGGAUGUUUGGUGCAACGGGCAGAAAAUGGACACAAUGGGAGAGUUUGCAGACGACGGCACAGAGACACACUUCAUGGUGGGGGAACACGAGUGCUGCAUCAAGGCUACGAGCAGUGGGAAGAAAAAGAGCGGCAUUGUGCACUAUUUACUGCUCGACGGAGACAAAAUACAACCCUCGACACAAUAGUGCCGGACCGGACUGCUGGAACAGAGCUGAACUUUCAAAGAGACUCUGUGAACGAGGUAUUUGCAUGCCAUGUACAAAAAAACCACUGGCUGUGCUUUAUGAUGAAGGUCAGGACGUUUGUUUUAAUAUAGAAAAUACAGAUGCAGAUAUGUUCAUGUAAAUACAGCAAAUAAACACUGAAAUGUGCAGCA